GUAUAUUAGCCAGAAGAUAACGCAUUUUGAAGCAUUUUUGCUAAGCAUUUUGCCUGUUGAUUUGCCAUUUAUUUUAUAUCAAGUUAAGUGGAAGCAUUUAGAAAACCAUAUUUACCAUGGCGACAAGUAAAAAUUUUGUUUUUCGAAAAGCAGAAAAAGGCGAUAUAAAAGUAGUUGUUGAAAUGAUACAGGAAUUAGCUGAUUUUGAAAAGAUGAGUGAUGGGCCAAAGCUAACAGAGAAAGAUCUUUUACGAGACUCUGGCCUAGAGGGGGGUCCCGAAUAUUGUCAUAUUUAUGUACUGGAUCUUAUAGAAGCAGAUAAAACCAUAACAAUUGGAUAUUCCAUAUGCUUCUUUUCCUAUUCCACAUGGCAGGGGAAAUCGUAUUUCCUAGAGGAUAUAUAUGUACGCCCCGCCUAUCGUGGUAUUGGAGCUGGAGCACGCAUAUUCAAAGAGGUCGCAGCAAAAGCCCAACAAUAUGAAUGUAAACGUGUUGAUUUUCAUGUGCUGUCAUGGAAUCCUGCUUCAAAAUUCUAUAAGAAAUUAGGCGCCACCGAUUUGACAGAGGCAGAGGAAUGGCAUUUCUAUCGAUUACAACAAGAGGAAAUUAAAGUAUUGGCAAAUGAAUUACAAAAUAACUAAAAUUAAAUAUAAUUUAUAUUAUAACUCAUGUCAAAGAAACAGAAGAAGAAAAAGAAAUUCAGAUGGCAAAUAAAUUCAAACUCACCAA